GAAUAAUUAUUCAAAGAAGCCUUUCAUUCAUUUCUCACUCAUUUUUCUGAAUGGCCAUCAUGAGUAUUCAACCAGUACAUCUUACUCCAGUGCCUGUAAGAUGCAGAAGCAACUUCUUGAUCAAGACACUACUUCUCAUUACUGCUUUUGCUAUUUGUUUUUAUUUGUAUUUUUGUAGAACUUACAACUGGAUGAGCCUAAUGGACCCAGCUAAAAAUCAAUUCAGAGAGAUGUCUGUGGAUGACAUAAUGCGUUCGGUAUGGGACGAUCUCCCAUCAGACGGCAACUUCAGCUCUAUUGAAAGCUCUUCCAGUGGCCAGCACAGUGUGGUCAACCUGGAGCAGCCCGGAGCCCAGUACUGUGUGGGGGACAGCUUGAACGUGCUGGUGAACAUGAAGGACCACAGAGGGAACCCAAAGGUGCAUGGAGGCGACUUCAUCCUGGCCCGAAUCCACUCUCCCAAUCUCCAGGCUUCUGCAUCAGGAGAAGUUACUGACCUGCUCGAUGGCUCCUACCGGGUGCGUUUCCGCCUGUUCUGGCCUGGAGACGUACUGGUGUCUGUGCUUCUCAUGCACUCCUCAGAGGCUGUUGGGAUCCUCAGGAGAAUCAGUGCGCACAACUACGAUAAGAUCAUAUACACCGGAACCUUCUACAGUGGGAACAAAACUGAGCAAUCUCAGUGCGGCAUCCGGCUGAAAACAGACAAGCCUCUCUGCGAGUACAGGAAGAAGGAAGACGCGGAGUACUACACCUGCAAAUGGCCCAAUUUCUAA